CAUUGUAUUUGGUUGUGUUUUUGGUUCAUUUGCAUUGUUCAGUUGAGUUCGAUUGAUCGUUCACUGCUGAUUUGUACGAGUGAAAGUGAUAAAGCUGGUGGUGAUCUAGAGAAGGAUUGUGCUGAGUUGAACUCGGAUGAUUUGGUUCGGGUGGCUCUUGCCGACGUGAUUUGUACUCGUCAGUGGACACAUCUGGCAAUUGUUCUAACACGAUCCGUUCUUAAACAUAGCCAAGUAUCAGUUUAUGUGAAUGGCCGUUUGCAUUGUUCACAAAAAUUGCAUUAUGUGGUGCAGAAUGUCGGCGGUGCUGCCACCCAUCUGGCAUCAACAAGUGCGGUGCACGCCAUUGUUGGAACACCACCGAAUUGUCGUUUAUUGAGCAGGUUACACUUCAAAAUAGCGAGUUUCUUCAUUUUUGAAGAGCCGUUAAGCGCCGAUGCAAUCCAGCGAAUCUAUCGCCUUGAGCCGCACUACGUUGGUAAUUUUCAGACAGCCGAUUCGGAUGGAACACCACUGGUGAGUGAAGAGCGUAUUUGUUUAGCGCUAUCGGCAGUUGCCGAUACCGAGCUGAAUGUGGCACGAAUUGGUUCGAUGUACAGCAAAGCAGAUGCUGCGUUCAUUGCGCCUUUCUUGGGUGUUUCGUUACACGAUCACAAUACACCGUUACGUGUGCUCUUCAAUACGGUUUCACAUGCGCCUGGUCCAGCGCGUUCAUUUGGCGCAGUCUUACUCGGAUAUUUAGGAAUGCGCACAUUCGCACCGUUACCGGUCACUCGGCUGCUUGAGUCAGUCGGUGGAGUGUCGUGUUUAUUCGGUUUAUUGGCAAUGGCCACCGAUUCACAAGAAUUGUACGCAUCGUUGAAGGCGCUUGCUGCGGCUGUUAAAACUGACAAAUCAAUUUCAACAUAUUUGAAUGCGACUCGUUCCUAUCAGACGCUAGCAAUGCUGCUGGAAGAGAAGAUUGAAUUACUGAAUUCGCAUAUUCUGCAUUUGAUCUUAUCGCUGGUGGGUACUGUUGAUACAAGUCGUGAUACAGUCGCCAUACCGAACAUUCAAACCUUCGAGGAUCUAUUGUGUGAUGUGGAUGUAUGGCGUAACGUAAAUGCUGACUUAAGUCGACUUCUCUACGAGCAUUUCUACGAUCAACAACGUGAAAAUUUGAAUAUUGUUCGUCGCAGUUCGUUGCCGUCACGUUUGAUGAUUCGUUUGUUUGAUUCACCGCAAGCCAUUUUUGCUGUCAACGAUGUGGUUUUCAAUUUGAUCGCUGCUAUUAUACAGCCACCAUCAGAUUCGAAUUCUUUGCUCAAACUCGGUCAGUUGUUGGCUGCAACGUUGCCAUCCUCAUCAGCCGACCAAUGCGAAGAGGAAUAUCCGUUGUCGAUUCCAGAUCUACAAACGGCACUGUUCAAACAGAAAUGUACAAUUGCUGGCACUGACUCGGAAAUUGAUCGUACUUUGUAUUUGAUUUAUAUUCGCAAUCGAAUUCUGAAUAUUUUAGCCAACACUCUUGCACACUCAUCGCCGAGCAACAAUUUGCAAAUGAGUGAGCAAAUUAUACGCGUUCUGGGAUUUGAUUGGGCAUUAGCGUUGUUCUCACCAGGUGUACAUAAAGGAACGGUGGUAAUUGGCUUAAGAAUUCUCUUGUCGCUUCUAAGACACGAACAUCUGCUGAGCAAGUUUCGUGAGGGUUCUGCGAAUGGCGGUUGGCUAACGGACGCGGAUUCUGUGGUUCGCAAUCGAGCAGCUGUUUUGCUUGGAUUUUCAGUGGCAGCACACGGCGGCACAGUUGGUGCACAUAUCGAUAUCAAUCCGGAGCUAUCCGAAUGCAGUGGCUUCACAGCUUUGGAGCAUUUGCUGUGCUCGCAUUCAGAUAAGCCUCAGUGUUAUUUGGCAAUGUUGGCCCUUCUGGUCGGACAGCCGGUGGCCAAUAUGACGCUUAUCGAUGAUUUUUCACUGGAUCUCAUUUGGUCGCAUGUCUUCGGUCUUUCACUGUCCAGUUCGGUUUCUGAAGCAAUUUCUCGAGCGCAACUCUGUCCCGAGGCCAUCAUUCCACUCUUAUCGAUGGUUCGAUCAUGUGUUCAUGGCGCACUCACGCAGUCGUCACCUCAACAAGUCGGUCAAUCGUAUCAUCAAAAAUUUUUUAUGAACUCGUCAUUUUACGCAUUUCGAUUGUCGCGAACUUACUGUUGUAAUAUUUUCAAUUCAACAAUUUUUCCGUUUUCAUUCAAUUGUCGUCUCAUCGAGAUCAUUCGAAAAACUAACAAUGGACACGACACAACGAACAGUGACGCUGAAAAUGGUUUGCCAUCAGUGACAACGAAUAAUGAAGCUCAGAUGCAACAACAACAACAGCAAAGAUUCGCCGCAACCGUUAUACAAAUGCUGACGUUCUUGUAUCAGAACUCACUGGAGUUGUGUAAUGUUUGUCAUACGGAUGAGUUUAUCGUGCGACUGUUCUCGGUUCUGGUACCACAACAGUUAGGUGUUGUAACAACACAGUCGACGACCACCCACACCCAAAAUCCACAACAACAACCACAACCACAGCAACAAAUGGCAAUAACACCAACUACGAGUAUUGCACAUUCGGUGUUAGAAAAUGCAUGUUGUCGAAGUGUUUUGGAUUUACUGAAACGGAUUUUAUGCGAAGAUGUAUCACUUUCGCACAGUGGGCGUCCAGACUCUUUGGUGGACGCUUUAAUCGAAAAUGUACCCGAAUGUGGCCCUGCAAAACGUUUCCAUUCGAUAAUUCUUUCUGAGAUUCUAACACUGUGUAUGGAACAUAUGAUUGCUACAGACGUUCUACUCGGCUCAUCACGAACCGCUACAUCAGCUGCCACAAACUCAUCUACAACACCAGUUUCUCCAACUUUGUUGCUCUCCAAUUUUGCAUAUUUUGCCUCUCGAGUGGUCGAUUGUUUAUGGAGUGCGUUGUAUGUGGGUGAACCGAUGCGUGUACUCGACUUCCUCUUCAAAGGAAUCGCGUUGGGACGACGUACCGAUUGGCGUUCAUCAUCACCGUCAGAUGCCCUUUUACAUACGCUCGAUCGUGCCAUUCUCUAUCUUCUCAGUCGACCCAUUGAUACUUCUCAAGUUCAAAUGUGUAUAUUGGAUACUCUAUGUGAAGUGGUUGCAAAUCGUGCGAUUGUUCUGUCGCCAACACAUAACGAUCCACUCUUCUUUGGUGCACUCACGCAUCUACUGUUCAUGUUGUCCGUUACACCAGAUAUCUUACCCAGCGAACGACAGCAAUCACAACUUGAUAAUGGAAGUGCACAGGUAGCAUUAUGUGCGUCACGAGUAUGGCAAGAAGUGUGUAAUGCAAAGCGAAAUAUCUUGGAGGAUAUUUUCAAGCGUGGUUUCGUGUGUGAGUUGAACGCUGCACGAGCACUUCUUUCACAUGCAGCCAGUUUGCAGUGGUUGGCGUUCGUCGAUGCGCAAAAGAUAACCAAAGUGGCCAGUGGUUUGCAACGUUUAACAAGUCGUAAAACGCUUAGUACGUCAAGUUCCACUUCAAUGUGUGCAUCUGUUUGGCGUCCACCAAAUAUAAGUACUGAGGUUGUUCACAUGUGGAUACGAGUGCACACGUCGUUGAUACGUGAAUUGGUGCGUGCACAGUGUGUUCGAUAUCAUGAAUGGCAUUCACACGUGCAGAAAUGGUGUCUGCAAGAGUGGCACGCACUCGAGGCUGAACUAACUCGUGAACGAGGACUUUGGGGUCCACAAAUAGGCUCGUCGUUAGAUAAAUUCGCGUUGGACACCACCGAAGGUCCAUGCCGUAUUCGUCGCAAACUGAUUCCCAAUCCAACCUUCUAUCAUCAGUAUCCCUAUCGACCACAUUUGGAUCUUCCAGAAUCGGUUUCUUUUACAUCUUCGUUGUUUUAA